CCCCUCUCCCACUCCACUGCCAUCUGUCUUCAGCUCCUGUCCUUUUUUUGGAGCUGUCAAAGAAGCAUCAGCUCAGCCUCGUCCCUCUAUUUCCCUCUGGAGGAGCCACUCACUCAAGGACCUGUCAGACCUCUUAUAGGGCAGCCCUCAGACUGGCAGGAGGAAUGGCAGCAGCUGUGGCCUGGCUCCUUUUCUUCCAGCUUUUUCUGGGGCCAGAUAUUCUUAUUUCCGUUGAUCUGAAGUCAGCCUCCAACAACUUCCGUAUCUUACACUUCGACUACCCCAAGGUUAACUUUGCAGCGGGUUUCCUGGGCUAUUGUAAUGGAAUUAUGUCCUAUGUGAGGGGAAGAAUGGAACACUGGUACUGCCCACAGGUCCAUUAUGUGAUACAUGCUCCCUGGAAAGUCAUCUACAAGUCCUGCAAACUUAGCAAGAACUUCUGUGAGAACUACAACAAAUACUGCACACUUACCCAGGACAGCUUCCCUGUCACGAUCUGCAGCCUGAGCCCUCAACAGCCACCCACAAGCUGCUACUACAACAGCACCCUCACCAACAAACAGCUCUACCUGCUCUGUUCUGGCAGAUAUGACGCAGAGCCAAUCGGCAUCAUAGGUCUCUACUAGGGAAUCUAACCCCUAAACCACCCCACCCCUGUCACUAUAGGUCAACCUGUCCCUCAUAUCCAGAAACUGUGAUCCAUAGAAUGAGACUUUUCUCCCAGCAUUCCAAAUUAGGCAGGACCACCCUCUGCCAAGACCAGGUCGAUAGGGAAAGUGUUUGGAGUUUUGAUUAACAUGCAGAGCGCUGCUCUUAUCCAGGGUCAUUCUGACUUCCUUUCCAUGUUCUCACCACCCCCACUGCUCUCCCCCUCCCCUCAGAAACAGUAAAACCCACCCA